GGUGACCCUGCGCUGUCCCCACAGCUGGAGCUGUUCCUGGCGCAGCGGCUGCUGGAGCUGGAGGACGAGGCGGACGUGGUGGCCAUGAGCCAGCUGCAGGCGGCCCCGGCGGCGCUGCAGGGCCAGAGCGGCGCGCGGCUGCGGGCCCGGCUGGCCACGGCGCGGGAGCUGCUGGCCCAGCUGUGCUCCCGCAGCGUGCAGCACCUCUGCAUGAUCCUCGCCUCGCCCAGGUACGUGGAGCGGGUGACAGCCCUGCUGCGGCAGCAGCUGCUGCAGGCCGAGCUGCAGCUGGCCAAGAGGGACGCGCUGGGGCAGCGGCGCCGCCAGGCCCUGGCCGAGCAGGCGGCGCUGGAGCCGCGGCUGCAGCAGCUGCAGGAGAGCACCAGGGAGCUGCAGCGGCUGAUCGAGGCUGACAUCUCCAAGCGCUACGGGGGACGGCCGGUGAACCUGAUGGGUGUCAACCUGUGACACUGGGGACAUCAGCCUGGGACACCUGGGGACAUCAGACUGGGACACCUGGGGGACAUCAGACUGUGACACUGGGGACAUCAGACUGGGACACCUGGGGACAUCAGACUGGGACCCCUAAGGGACAUCAGGCGGUGACACCCGAGGGACACGGGGGGUCCUCAGGGGGUCCUGCCCCUCCCAGCCCCCCUGCCCACCCGGGGGUGCUGCGGGGUUUGGGGGUGUCGGUGAAUAAACCCAAAUUUUGUGUCA